AUGUCGGAUAACUCAGGACUUGGAAGCACAAUGUCUGAAAAUAAGGACCGCACUGAUUGUCAGACUUCAGCCGGGGAACGAAGGAAAGCACUUCUCUCUAAGAUCAAAAUUCUAACCAUAUCCGACCUUCGGAAGGAAUGGCAGAGCCGGUCUGAAGUACACGUGGAGAAACAGAAGCUCAAUCCAUUCAGCGAUGACUUUGAUUACCAGCAUGCCAUGGAGGCCCGGCUUCACAAGGGCGACGAAGGUUAUGGUAGACCGGAGAAGGGCAGCAAGACGGAGGCCAGGGGAAAGAGAGCACAACAGCACAUACACAAGGAGAUAGAGGAAAUGUGCCUCAUAAUUAAGGAAGUGGGAGUUCGAGGCCGAGAUGGAAAAAUCAGAGUGACGUUUGGGAGGUUGUUUGACCGAUAUGUGCGCAUCUCAGACAAAGUGGUUGGCAUUCUCCUGAGGUGCCGGAAACACGGACAUAUAGGCUUUGAAGGAGAGAUGCUUUGGCAGGGAGUUCAUGACAAUGUCAUUAUCACUCUGCUUGAAUAA